UGAGUGCGUGCCACCAUUGCGCGCUAUUCGAUUGGCGACUACCAUGCAGGGUUGGUGAGAAACGGAAAAAGCCGGUUCCCAUCAGCAGAGGGACGAGCGAGCGUCGUCGGCGUGCUGUGCUUUCGUCGUUGCUAGGCCGCGCGGAAGACGGGGCAACCUCCUCGCCGGUCAGGUCCGUUUCAUCGCCGGUGUGGCCCCGCUGCUUGCGUGCUGUCGUCGUGGCCGCGUGGACGCCGUCGGCAUGGCCUCCCAGCCGCUGAACGUGGUCCUUUUCGUUGGAAGCUGCCGCACAGAACGCAUAGCCGAGCGCCUCAAGCGCCACGUCACCGCGCUGCUCCAGAAAAGGGGACACCAAGUCAGCGUCGUUGAUCCCGAGGAUGAGCCCAACCUGCUGGCGGUGCGCAAGCCUUUGCAUUUCCAUGGGCCCGACGAAGUGCCUCCGGCGUGGCUCAGCCGGCUGCACGACAAGGUGAAGGGGGCAGACGGCUACCUGGUGCUGUGCCCAGAGUACAACCGCUGCAUCGCGCCCGCACUGAGCAGCGCCAUGGACCAGUUCCCACCGGACUCUUACCGCCACAAGCCGUGCGCCAUCAUCGCCUACAGCAUCGGCAACGGAGCCGGCCUGGCUGCCGCGAUGCAACUGCGCAGCUUCCUGGGCGAGCUGGGCAUGGUGACGGUGCCGUUCAUCAGCCUUAACGCCAAGGUUGAGACGCUGGUCGCCGAGGAUGGCUCGGCCUCAGACGACGGUUUCUCGCAGCGCAUCGCGAAGCUACUGGCCGAGCUGGAGUGGUACGGGGUGGCACUCAGGAACCAAGCGGCGGCCUGCGGUCUUCCGGGCGAAUAGACAUUUGAGAUGGAAUCGAAUAGAGCCGUUACUACCAAAAAUACGCAGUCUCUGAUCUGCCUUAGGAAGGUGCAAGCAAAUUAUCCGCAUGCACCGUGCUCUUCAAAGAGUUUGAAGCAUCGCUGUGUAGACGAGUGUACGUUUCUCCCACCAGUUUAAAUAUUGUCAGUGAAUAUAACAAAAUUUAUUAAAACAUUUGUUCGUUUGGAGUUCACAGAGCUUAGGACAUGUCAAAAUAUUUGUGAACUGUUAGAAAAAUAUUCGCAGUGGUAAAAUUCUUUGAUUCGAUACUUUUUCGUAUAUUCGCGCACCCCUGCUUGAAAGAGAAUUUUGCACCGUCUGCCGACACUUCGGGCUUGAGAUGCUGUGAGUAACUCCAAUGUAUCGAAAAUAAAAGUGCUUACUCAACGA